GGAAGAACAAAAACAAGAACGUCAACAAAAUCGGGAGUUCGGGAGAUGGAAUUUGUCGUCGUCUGAAGAUGUUUUUGUUUAACCGCUGAGAUCAAUGAUGGAUCAGCCCAUCACUGAAAUACGUUUGAAGUUUGAAAGAAGGAUCGCAGAUUAUGAGGCUGAAAUCUUACGUCUAAAGGAGGAAAAUUAUCGUCAGAGGAAACUACUGGACGCCAUUUAUAAGCCUGAAGUACGGAUAUACAAAUCAGACCUCCAGCAGUUCCUUGUUUCUGAAGAUAAGAUUCCCUCUGUGAAGCAGGAGUGGAGCCCCAGUCUGAACCAGGGGAAGCCAGAGCCCCCACACAUUAAAGAGGAAGAGGAGGAACUCUGGAGCAGUCAGGAGGAAGAGCAGCUUGAAGGACUGGAGGAGAAGGUUGACAUUACCAAGCUGUCAUUUCCUCAUGUCCCUGUGAGGAGAGAAAAUGAUGAAGAGAAAGCUCAAUCCUCUCAGUGUCAUCAAAGCCAAACUGAAGAGAAAAGGGAGGCAGAGCUUCCAGCCAGCACCUCAACUGAGCAGAUGAAACCAGAAAGUGAUGGAGAGGACUUUGGACCAAUAGAACCAGCCAGUAACCUCAAUCAAGAUGGUGAUUUACAACCAACUAGUGAUGGAUAUCUCUCUUCAGACUGUUGUGAAAGUGAGACUGAAGACAAUGAUGAUGAUGGGAACAAGACUAGAGAACCUCACUCAGGUUUGGACACAACAGAGAACAAUGAAAUCAGUAAUGAGCGAUCUGCUGAGAAUAAACCCUUCAGUUGCUCAGUCUGUGGUAAAGGCUUUUACAUCUGCCAUAUUGGGAGUCUCCUUACUUUCUCUUUCCUGGCCUGGUAUGGAGGGCUCUCUGAGGCCAACCAGAGCAAGCUGUGGAAGGUGACAACACUGAGGUCUAAGCUCUAUGAACAGUGGUGCUCAGGUCUCCAACUGCUGUACAAGCAGUGGGCAGUGAGUAAAGCAGGAAAGAUUGCCAGGGACAAAACACACGAUCUCAGCACCUGCUUGAAGAGCCUACCCUGUGGCAGGAGAUAUCAUGUUCCCAACUUCAAGAAUGAUAGAGGGAGAGACGGCUUCAUCCCGUCUGCCAUACCACGACUACAUAAGCACAAGUACUUUGUCCCCAUUCCCAGCUACCUUUCUCUUGCCCCAGAAUACCUGGACCUAUUGCUCUAA